UACUUUUUCCCCAAAAAUUAAAAUCCCCUUCCUUCUGCCUAUAAUAAUGGACUUUGAUUGAGGCCUUUUUUUUCUGGUUUCACUCUCAUUCCAUGUCUGAAAGCUGCAACUCUCGCCACUUCUCAUGGCUAAUGAAAUCAUGCUUCCCAAACCCACACGACACUUGCAAUUCCCUUUCUCCGAAUCCAAUCCAUACAAUCACUAUCACUGCUGCUGCUUCUGCUACCACUCUCUCCUCCUUCCCUGAUGACCUUCUUUUAGAAUGUCUUUCUAGAGUACCAUCGCCUUCUCUCCCUUCCAUCUCCCUCGUCUGCCGCCGCUGGUCUUCCCUCCUCCGCUCCCCUUCUUUUCUCUCUCUCCGCCGCCUCCACAACCUCCUUCACCCCACAAUAUUCGCCUUCUCCUCUUCCAACUCUACCCUUUUCGCCGCCUCUCUUCGCUUCAAUGAUAAUCUCUGGAAAGUUAUUUCGUAUCUCCCCUUCCAAUUGGAUUACAUUCUUCACUCUGGACUCACUUCUAUUGGCCCCAGAAUCUAUAUUCUUUGUCGUAAUGGACUGUUAUUCUGUUACGAUACUUGGACUGCCACUUUUUCACCCAAAUCUUCCUUCACUUGUCCGCGGAAAAAGUUCGCCACAGCUGUGGUCGGUGGGAAACUCUACGUUGCUGGUGGUGCUUCACGCGCCGCUGCUGCAGUUGAGGAGUAUGAUCCGGAUACUGAUACAUGGACUGUGGUCAGUCACGCCCCCAGGAAGAGAUUUGGGUGCAUUGGUGCAGCUUUCGAUGGUGUGUUCUAUGUAAUUGGAGGACUUAAAAUUGGAAAUGCAAGUGGUGUUCAUGGAAAUGAACUAUCACGCGCUGCCACAGCCAGAGCGGAGGCUCACUUGUAUGCAAGCUCUAUGGAUUUAUAUGACGUGGAAGCGCGCAUGUGGCUUAGAAGUAGGGCAGUUCCAGGUGGUGGCUGCGUGGUGGCAGCCUGUGCCACGGCAUCUGGGUACGUGUAUAUUUUAGCAAGCCAUGCGGUGGAGCUAUCGUUUUGGAGAUUCGACGCGCGAAGACAAGGAAGUAGUGGGGGCGGUGGGUUCGGAGAGUGGUGUAGAAUAAAGAGUCCCCCACUACCAGCGCAAGUUAGACUGGACAGUACAGUUAGAUUCAGCUGCGUCGGAGUGGAAGACAAGGUGGUGCUAAUUCAAGUGGCCGGAUGCAUUGAUGAUUUAUUGAGAAGGAGCGGAAGAAACGUAAGGGGCUUAAGGGAAGGGCUGGUUCUGAUUUACGACUGUGCAGAUGGAGAGUGGAGCAGAGGCCCUGAUCUUCCCGAGGUAAUUCGACGCGCCGCCUGCGUGACUGUGGAAUGCUAAGCGGAGGGGAGCAAAAUGGCCAGUGAUUGGUUCUAACCUGCGCAGGAAUGGCAGUACAUGUUAGUCAAAGGUACACAGUCGAGGCUAACGUGCGCAUCGGAUGUCGUUUCGGUAGGAGACAAAAAUGAUCAGGGUAACAUGUGUUGUUGGGUUGCCGUUUACGAUAAAGAUAAAAGUGACGUCUCUUCGGGGCCCUAUAUUAUAGGGUGGCAUGGACAACAUUUCUUUGGCAUGGGAUUCUUGGAUUUUGGCCAAUUGGAAGGCUGUAUUUGAAAUGUUUGUAUAGCAUUUUUAACUCUUGUGGGCAUGAAUUAAUGUGAGUGGAUGGAGUAUUAUGAUUUUAAUAAAUUUAAUUAUAAAUUAUUUAGUAAAAUAA